AUGACAAGUGACAACUGCAAUACAUUACUUAGCCUGGACGUGCUAUCCUUGGAAGAUGUGUACUGGCUGGAGGACUCAACAGCGCGUCACGUGCUGGACCCCAAAGAUUUCGGCACGUGGUCCGCGGCGCGUCAGAGUCUGCCCACCGGCAAAGAGGCGCUCCAGACCCUCAAAGUGGAUCUCUGGAGCGCCGUCGUCAAGACCAGCAAGCAUCAGGAUGCGUGGACUUGGGGUGGCAUGCUGGUGGUAUCGGUGUCAGUGUGCGGUCUCGUGACCCUGGCGGCCAUGACACAGCCUUCGCUGGCGCCGGAAGCCAAGCACUCCCUGCUGCAGUACGUCACGGGGAAGUACCUGCAUCCGCCCAGCUGUAAGGUGGAGUGGGGAUGGGAGGAACCACAGCCGGUGGGUGAUACGAUGUGCUUCACGGUGCUCUGCUACCAGCGAAACGGUCAGCCCUAUCCCGUUUGUGACACCGAUGACCUCAGUGUUAGCAUCGCGCACGGCACCAAAAAGAUCACGGCUGUAAUGGAACUGGGUUCCGACGACCCGGCGCAGGCGCACACGGCGCGCGUUAAGUUCACAGUGCGCACCGCAGGACUCUACGUCAUAUCUGUUCUGAUCGGCGGCGCGCAGGCAGCGGGCGGGCCGUUUCGCAAGUGGUUCGCGGCGGGGCGGCCAGCGGCGCGGCGCUCGCGCGUGGGCCGCGUGCCCGCCGCGCUGCUGUGCACUGCCGGCCGCGCGCGCGCGCUGCACGUGCACCCGCGCGACCAGUUCGACAACCCGGCGCCGCUCGCCGCGGGUUUCUCGAUCGAGAUCAGGGUGGUUGGAGGCGAAGUAGACGAGAAGUUGUCGUCCGCGGCAACGUUUCAAUACGACUCCGUCAACCAGCGCGUCGCUGUGGAGAUGUGCUUCCCGGAGCCAGGCGUGUACCGCGCCGCAAUCUUCUACGAUGGAGUGCUGCUGCAUAAUGGAGAGUUUGAUUGUAUAGUGCUUACUGUAGUAUCGGAACCAUGUACUUCUCAAGCAAGACCAGAACUUAAACUAUCAACUCCAGGAAAAAUGAGGAAACAGAGCUCAAAAAAAAUUGAACUCGACAAUUUUGAUCUGUGUGCUCUAAGAAACCUUGUCAACAGUUUCUAUACAGUACGGAAAGAAAUUCCAACAUUGAAAAAGAUUUUAACGGCUGCAAAAGCAGAUCUAAAUUUUCCAGCGGGCGAGGCGGCGAGCGUGCAGCGCGCGAGCGGGAGGCGCGCGCACGCCGCGUUCGAGGCGCGGCUGCUGGCGCCCGGCCGCCCGCGCCGCGUGCUGCUCGCGCUCAGCGCCAAGCAUCUGCUGCUCAAGGACUACGUGCUCAAGUUUAUCCCCAAGCGCAUCGCCGCGUUCAGGCUCUGCCCCUCAACUAAGCUAACUUUAUUACCGCGAAUAGGACCUGGUCCAGGGGGCGAAUUUACAUUGGAUGAUGGUGUUCAGCCGGCAAUGCGACUCUCGUCGCCACAACGGGAUUUAAUUGCUGCUACGUUCACACAGUUGCUUAUAGCAAAUUGUGGUGGAGAGGAUUCGUUUAAGAACAAGCAGGAGUUCUUCUACAGCGAGAUGCGCAAGGCACAUGCGAGGUAUCCUCACGAGAAGCUGAGCGUGCGCGUGCUGCGGGCCGAACUUCUCCGCAGCAGCCUCAAGGCCACACGGCACUUCACUGUCGCCGACUGGUGCAAGAACUUCGACGUCUCCUUUCAGGGCGAGCAGGGCGUGGAUUGGGGUGGCGUACGAAGAGAGUGGUUCUCGCUCGUGUGCGCGCAGCUAUUUGAUGCCAAGUUUGGACUGUUUGUACCGUUCCGUGACUCACCCACCGCACUGGUGCACCCCAACCCUGACCGCCCGCCGCAUCUUAAGCUGAAGCACUUCGAGUUUGCGGGCAAGUUGGUGGGCAAGUGCCUGUACGAAUCGGCGCUGGGUGGCUCAUACCGGCAGCUAGUGCGUGCGCGCCUCACGAGGUCCUUCCUCGCGCAGAUAAUUGGCCUCCGAGUACACUACAAGUAUUUCGAGCAAGACGAUCCGGAGCUGUACCUGUCCAAGAUCAAGUACAUUCUGGAUACUGACUUGGAUGCUGAGGAUGCUCUCGAGCUUACAUUCUCAGAAGACGUUUAUGAUUCUAGCGGGCACCUGGUCGAGACACAUGAUCUUGUACCCAAUGGUUCGUCUAUAAGGGUGAACAACAGCAACAAGACACAGUACCUGGAGGCGCUGGCGCAGUGGCGGCUGGCGGCCCGCGUGCGUCUUGAAUUGGCCGCCUUCCUGCGGGGCCUGCAGCUGCUCGUGCCGCACCACCUGCUCUCCAUCUUUGACGAGAACGAGCUAGAGCUGCUGGUGUGCGGCACGGGCGAGCUUUGCGCGGCGGACUGGCGCGCGCACGCGCUUGUGGCGGGUGCGGGGCGCGACUGGCAGCGCCGCCUGGCCUGGUUCUGGGCCGCGCUCGCCAGCCUCAGUGGCGAGGAGCGCGCGCGCCUGCUGCAGUUCUGCACCGGCUGCUCGCAGCUGCCGCCCGGCGGAUUCCAGGUGAGUGCUGCACGCACUGUUCACACUGCAAAUGCUGCUGGCCUGGUUUUAGGCCGCGCUCGCCAGUCUCAGCGGCGAGGAGCGCGCGCGCCUGCUGCAGUUCUGCACCGGCUGCUCGCAGCUGCUGCCCAGCGGAUUCCAGCUGCACCGACUUUUGGUGCCCUGCCCACGGCACACACCUGCUUCAACCAGCUCUGCUUGCCGGACUACGACAGCUACGAGCAAAUGGUACACGCGCUGCUCUGGGCUAUUAACGAAGGCGGCGAAGGCUUUGGCAUGAUCUAG